CUUACACGUUUUUCCAGCACGUCAUGCUAAGGAAGUGUAGACUUGCCGAAGUAGUGGUGUGUGGGCCCUUGCCAGCUAUACCUGGCUCUAACGCUUGUAAACUGUAGGAAAACAAAAGUGCAUCACAGUCUUCCAUAUUACAUGUAGAAAACUGAAACUUUGACAACCUGCGGUCUGAUAAUGGGAGCGAACAACAGUACCCGCCGCGUUUCAUUUGAGUCAGAUGAGAACGAGAAUAUAACAGUGGUGAAGGGCAUACGGCUUUCUGAGAAUGUCAUCAACCGCAUGAGGGAACCUGAAGCUCCUCAUAAACACCAACAUGCACCCUCUCCACCCCCUUCCAUGGCGCCUACCCUUGCACCUUCUCUCCUGCGGCCAGUGCCUCCCCUCUUUGACCCGAUCACCUCCUUGCCCUCUCCCCCUCCUCUUGUAGAACCUGUUGCACCUCCAGCAGCUCCAUCUGCCACAGAGACUGUGGCUGCACCUCCACCAGUUCCUCCUCAACCUCCUACAGAACAGGUAGCAGCACCCACUAUAAUUGACAUGGUGCUUCCAUCCUCAUCCCCCCCAGCUGCUGCUAAUGCUGUCGCAGCUCCUGCUUUUGAACCUGUGGCGGUACCUCCUCCCCCUGCUCCUGCUGCUGUUGAGCCAGUUAUUUUGCCUCCAUCUCUCCCCCCUGUUGCUCCCAUUGCUCCCCAGAUCCUUGCUCCCUGCCCUGCCCCAGCGGUGGUGGAAGCAAUCACUCCGCUUGCUCCUCCUCCCCUUGCAAUUGAAACUUCUCCUCCUCCCAUAAAUCAAUCCCUUGCUUUUUCUCCUCCAGUAAUUGAACCCAUUGCUCCUUCAUCUGUAGCUGAACCCAUACCACCUCCUCUUUCUGUCAAGAUGGAACCCACCAUUGCUCCCCCUAUUACUGAAUCCCAACCCCUCUCUGCUCCUCCUGUUUUCGAGCCUGUCACCAUCCUGCCACCACCCCUGCAUCCUUCAGGGGACACUUUGUCCCCGCAGUCUGCUGAGCCAUUUGCUGCACCAUUUGCUGCACCUCCCCUGCCUGAGUAUACUGCUCCUUGUGAACCAGUUGCACCUCCUUCUCAGCCCCCAGUGAAGCCAGAAUCCCUUGAGCCAGUAAUAUUGCCUGAGUCAGUUUUGGUCCCACCACCACCUCCUGCUGCACCAGUCGUUGAUGAAGAGGCCCUGAGGAGGAAGAUCACUGAUGAGCUGUAUAAAGGCUUGGAGCAAGAUAGGGCCAAGGCAGAGCAAGAGCUGCAAGCCUGGGUUGAGGCAGAGAAGGCCCGAGCAGAAGCCCAGGCUCAGGAUAAUGCGCAGUCCAAGGUACAGGAUGAAGUGUCCAGGAUCCUGUCUGUGGAGCGGGCUAUGGCCCAGGAGAGCAUCCAGCAGGCUGUAAUAAGAGAGAGGAUCGCCACUGAGGAUGAGAGACUCCGUGCUCAACUCUAUGAGAUUGGACAGAGGGCCAAGCAGCUGGGGGCCAGAGAAGCAGACCUAAACAAGCAGGAUGCUUUCUACAGAGAGCAGGUGGCCCGGCUCGAGGAGAGGAGUGCUCAGUUCUACAAGGUCACAACAGAGAACUACCAUAAAGCUGCCGACCAAGUGAAUGCCAAGUUCAAGCGGUAUGAGGCGUAUCCUGUGUGUGCAGACCUGCAGGGCCAGAUCCUCGCAUGCUACAGGGAGAACAUUGGAAAAACCCUUCACUGUUCCAACAUAGCAGCCCUUUACCUCCAGUGUGUCAACAAUGCCAAACAGAAUGACAAGUAUGUGCAUGCACCCUCAUGGACAGAUAUAACAAGUUGAGAACCGGGGGUUAAGGAAGAGAGAGAAAGAAAGAGAGAGCAAUGAAGAGCUCAUUGUCUGGGAAUACUGAUUAUCGACCGACUGACAAACUGACCACACCAGAUUGGAAGUGAGGAAUGAGUCAGCACCAAGACACACACCCUCAAAACCUUGUGGAAAACCGGACCACACUAGAGGCACCGAACACAGCACCCUGAAAGAUCCCCUGAUUCUUGUCUCCUUCCCCACCUCUCUUACCUUUCGUCUAGCUCUAUGUAUGUAGGGAUGCAGUGACACUGUCUGCCAUUUUGGAGAAACAGCAGACUGACAGGACCUGGCAGGCCUGAGCUUGGCCUGCGGUAAGGACAGUAAAAACGAACCGGAACAACCACAAGAAAGCAAGCCCCCUCUGUCACAAGCCACUUGGACCCAUCCCCUCUCACUUCAACAUUUUAGGAAAAUAAAAAUAUAUUUUUACUAAUUAAAGUCAGUCCUAUUUUGUUCAUUCAUUGUUUUCCUGCUCCUAAUGCACUAUCCUGUACACAAAUGCACAUGUACGCAUCUGUUUUUUCUUUGCAUUUGUUCGUGUGAGUUUGUGUUAUGUUAAUUAUGUUAUCUGCGUGUUGAGUAUUCAUCCAGAACAACACUUGUGACAAUGUCUGAUCAGAGGAAAUAAAAGAUGAAACAAUA